AUGGAACCCAUACCAGACAGUAUUGACGGUACACCUUUCAGUCCUGCUGCCCACCUCAGGAUUCCUGAGGAGCGGAGCCGCCUUUCCCCACAGAAUGAGCACCUCAUUGGUGGCACCCUCGGCCGUGAGAUCGAGGGAAACGCAGCAGGCCUCAGCGCCGGCCAGAUCCCAACCAAGUCUCAGCAAUCUUCUCCUGCAAUCCUCGCCUCGGGCUGUCUGGAGGAGGAGUGUGCAGCCGCUGUUGCCUUACCCUCACCCUUCCCCGGUCGCCUCGAUGGAAGCGGACAGGUCGGGCCGGUCAAAAUGAGGCCUAUCGCCUCUCGUGUGACGGCUCGCGUGGAGGGCUUUCAGACGGCACGGCAACCUCUGCGGCCGGGGGCGGGCCGACAGACAACCAAUCCUCCAACCUGCCGCCGUCAGGCGAGACAAUGUUCCAAAAAGGGAGAGUUAACACAGAACACCAUUCGGUGUGAUCCACAAGUCGCACACCAGAUUGUAAUAGGAUUGGCUACUUCCACAGUAGUGGAGGCAGAAGAGUUGUUCGAGUGGAGGAGGAGCCGAAGCAUGGCUGUAUUCAGCUCAAAUCGUGACUCCAAUCCGUCGGGUUGGACAACUUCUGCCUGUUGCAUGGUCAAAAAGGAGGCUCCGGCUCAAGGCUGCCGAUUGGAGAUGGGCGGUUGGGGUCAGAUGCGGUUUCCAACGCCUGAAGCAUCAUGGCAAGUCGGCGUCUGCGUGUGGAGACGAGGGCAGAUAUGCGAGAUUUUGCCUCUCAAUCGACCUGCUCGAUCUGUUUGUCUAGCCCGAGUCGGCCCAAGCCGGCACGAAGCAGCGGCGACUGGGCGCCACUUACGCCAGAUAAGCCGACCAGCUGCUCAGCGUCAGUCGGCAAUUCUGGCGGCUGUCUGGCCUCGUCAGGCGGUUCUAUCGAUCCGUUCUCUGUCGGGCCCGGAACUCACGACCAGCCUGCCCGGCUGGCGUGGCUCACGUGCCGGUCAGCCAAUGAAGUAUGGCGCGCCGACGAGGAUGACUCAUGUAACCCAGUUUCAGACCGAUUCCUCCAGGGCCAUUCCGAUCCUGCUCCCCAUGCCUCAGCCACACAUUGCCACUGACACAGCCUUCCCAAUCUGUUCGAUUAAGCCCAUCUAUUUACUUGAUCAUUUGCCCCACUUUCGCUUCUAUCCCUUCUCCCGGCCUCAACACACGUUCUGGCGCAUGCACAAUCCCUUAUGCUUAUACUUGUGCGCUGGUCCUCCAUAG